UGUUUUGAAACGUCACUGGCUGACUUUUUAAACAGUACAUGCUGACUUUAUACAAUUUCUCGGCAAAUGGUUUGCGUUCGUCAUUUGCUUUUGAUUAUAUCAGACGUGUACAUUUUACCGAUCUGGUAUGAUUAACAAUAUAAUACCACAAAGAAAAGUUAGCAGACCUAGCGCUAACUAGCUAGCCAGUUUUCCAUGUUGUCUAGAAACGGAAACGCACUAACACUGUCGUAAAGCGGAGGAUGUGAGUCACCUAACCAACAAUCUCAAGUUUAGAAACUCUUUUUUUUAGCAAGCAUGUUACGAUCUGCUACAGAGACAGACCCGUCUUUAGAUAUUUAUUCAGACGAUGAUGAUAAUAAUGUAUUAACAGAAAGAAGACACGCACUUGGCGAUGAAAAUGCGACUUUAGGUGAAAGCGGCGCGAACCUCAAGGCAACGCCUGGUCGGCAGCAGUUCUGGAGAGGCACACACCUGUGGCCCGUUCGCGUAGCUUCUAUGCUGUGCAGCAUUGUCGUUGUCUCAUUCAUCGCUGUGUUUAUCUCCUUUUUGUACAUAGUAUUAAAAGAUUUAAGAGCUGAAAGGAUAACCACUGAAGAUGGAUCAGAAGUGAGACUCUUGGGGUUCUGGAGUAUUUUGGUCCUGUCUUCUGUUGCUGGAGGAUUGUGUUGCAGUUUCUCCUGGACUCUAACCUACUUUGACUCAUUUGAGCCGGGGAUGUUUCCCCCAACCCCACUUUCUUCAGCCAAACUCAAGCGAAUGACCGGACACUCUUUCCAUAUGGGUUACAGCAUGGCUAUACUCAACGGCAUAGUGGCUGCGCUUACUCUCAUGUGGUAUCUCACUUGAUGCCAGACACCCACACUCCUAAACUGAACUCAUCUUUCAUCAACGGGCAAAUCUGGAAGAGUCACGGAAAUAAUCUGCAUCAUAAUCUAAAAUAAGAAACACAAAAACAAACCAUGUUUACUCAGAAAUGCUUUAUGAAACCUAUAUAACUUUCUUCUGUGGGACAUAAAAUGAAAAAAUGUUAUAUACAGUAUAACUCUUGUAAAUAAAAGGUCAGGACUUUGACAAUUUUCACUUUGGGUGAACUAAUGCUUUAAAAAUAUGCACAUGCAUUUUAUAGAAGGUUUCCAUCUCUUUCUACAAUUUAUAUUUAAUUAUUUCACACCAAAACGAUUCUUAAUGGACUACAUUUCAGUAAAUAACAUCGGCAAAGUCAGGAACUCUUUGUUCCCCAGCUGUUUUGUCUUUUAAAAAGCUUUGUUUGUGUUAUUGCCCCUGUAACCUUUUAGCAUUACAAUAGCAAUGCAUUACUGUGUGAUUUCUGUUUCUUUUGAUGUCGAUCAUCAGCAAAAAAACAUCACAGGGAUGUGGUUUGACUGCUUCCAAAUAAAUUAGAUGGGCAUUCUAGGACCUCUGCAUAGCAAAGACCAGAGUCCCUUAGGAUUUGUGCUUUAUUAAAGAUGCGAGUUGCUGCUCCAUUGAGUGUUUUAAUGGGGAAAUCAUUAUUACAAUAGCUGUUUUGGGGUUGAUGGAGGACGGCCGCGCUAAGGCUUUGUGGAAAGCCUGGGAGAAGGUCAGAAGUGUAUAAGUGUGGAUUUAAUUUAUGACUUUAAUUAUUUGAUGCAGACUCGGUCAGGCCAUGAUUACUUUUUUCUUUUUAUUAGAUUAGCAAGCCCUGUAGCGACUCAUUUUAGCAAGCACUAAUGCCUGUCUGUCUUUUAUAUAGAGUAUUAAUGUACUGGCGCACUGCUGUGUGUGUGUUUGUUCAAUUUGCAUGUGGUGAAGAUUGUGUUUUCUUUAUUGGACAUUUCCGUUUUAAGUAUGUUUAAAUGGAAGUUCAUUCUUGUUUGCUAAAUUUCAAAUUGUUUGCUGAUUUCAAAUUAUCCACUUAAAACCUCACGCUAUAUUAUUUGGAUAUUUCAAGGGUCAAAUUUAAGAGACAGCCCGUGUUAUUUUCAGUUUAUCUGAAUUUGCCAUUUAUAGCUAUGAGUUUAAAGUGGUAGUUCACCCAAAAAUGAAAAUUCUGUCUACACUUCAAACCCGUAAAACUAUCUUUCUUCCGCAGAACACAAAAGAAGGUAUUUUGAAGAAUGUUGUUAACAUUGGUUUUGUGUCCAUACAAUAGAAACGAAUGUGGGCCAAAGCUGUUCUGUUACCAACUUUCUUCAAAUAUAGUUUUUUAUUUUAAUGUUAAUUUGAAAAAUAUUAAAAUGAGAGAAAUUUGUAAAAAAAAUUAAAUGCAAUGUUUGCAGAUCAUGCAAUAUUUCAAAGAAAUCAAGUUUAUAUUUAAAGAAUGCAUGACAACUGUUUUAUUGUAUUUUAGGAUCAGUUCAAAAAUGAAUGUGAUGGAUUGAGACUGAUUUUGUCAAAACUUUAAUACAUCUUUGUGUUCUGUCAGUCUUUUAAUUUGCUGUUGGGUAUGUGUCAUAGAGAAGUUUUGUUGAGAUAAAGUUCAAAAUAUAUUUUGAAUGACGAAGUAUCUUGUUUUGAAGUGAAGGUCCUUCUGAGGUACAGUUUACUCAUAGCCUUCAAAAACACUGAUGCAGUGAGUUUGUCACAGACAAUCUUAUCUUAAAGCCUCCUUAUAUGAAGCUUGAGUCGUUCGUUUGCCUGUUUACUCUCAUUUUAAUAAUCAGGGAUGAAAAAACACUGGAAUAUAUAUUGCUAACCCAAAUGUGGAACAUUGUGUCAAAUAAAGCUGUUGCAUAAUGAAAAUAUAUGUACCCAAAAACAAUAAAUUUGCAGUGUAG